ACCAAGAGGGGCUCCCGGGCCCCCAAGGCCGGAGCCCACGAGGCCGGCCGCACUGCUGAUGCGCCGCGAGCGGCCGUUUCUGGAAGGGCUGAUUCGCGCGGGCAGCAGCCCCUGAAGCCGAGCCCCGAGGCUGAAAGGGACCGACCAGCGCUGAGAGCGGACGGACCGCGAGCAUGGGAAGAGACCAGUGCGCCGCGUCCGGCCCUGCCCUGCGGCGGUGGCUGUUGCUGACGGUGACAGCGGGGGUCCUGGCCCAGAGCGUCUUGGCGGGUGUGAAGAAGUUCGAUGUGCCCUGCGGAGGGAGAGACUGCAGUGGGGGCUGCCAGUGCUAUCCUGAGAAAGGCGGGCGUGGUCAGCCGGGGCCAGUGGGCCCUCAGGGCUACACUGGGCCCUCAGGCCUGCAAGGAUUCCCAGGACUGCAGGGACGCAAAGGUGACAAAGGUGAAAGGGGAGCUCCCGGAAUAACAGGACUGAAAGGAGACGUGGGAGCAAGAGGCGUUUCUGGAUUCCCUGGUGCUGAUGGAAUUCCCGGUCAUCCCGGGCAGGGGGGGCCCAGAGGAAGGCCCGGCUAUGAUGGCUGCAACGGAACCAGGGGAGACACAGGUCCACAGGGACCCUCCGGCUCUGACGGCUUCCCUGGCCUUCAGGGACCCCAAGGACCCAAAGGGCAGAAAGGCGAGCCUUACGCACUGUCUGAAGAGGACCGGGAUCGAUACCGGGGUGAAUCUGGAGAGCCUGGAAUAGUUGGUUUCCAGGGGCCACCUGGCCGCCCUGGGCCUCUGGGGCCGAUGGGUCCAGUGGGAGCUCCGGGAAGACCAGGACCACCCGGACCCCCUGGACCAAAAGGACAGCCCGGCAACAGAGGACUUGGUUUUUAUGGAGAAAAGGGAGAAAAGGGUGACGUAGGACAGCCUGGACCCAACGGGAUCCCAUCAGACACCCUCCACCCCAUUGUGGGGCCCACGAGGACCACCUUCCUCCCAGACCAGUACAAGGGUGAAAAAGGCAGUGAGGGAGAACCAGGAGUAAAAGGCAUUUCCUUAAAGGGAGAAGAAGGAACCACGGGCUUCUCGGGAGCGAGGGGUGCCCCCGGCUUUGAUGGUGAGAAAGGAUUCCCAGGACAGAAAGGAAGCAAAGGCCUGGAUGGUUUUCAAGGCCCGGAUGGACCCAGAGGGCCCAAGGGACAAGCAGGUGACCCAGGACCCCCAGGACCAUCUGUCUACUCGCCACAUCCUUCCCUGGCAAAAGGUGUCAGAGGUGACCCAGGAUUCCCAGGGUCCCAUGGGGAGCCUGGAAGCCGGGGUGAGCAGGGAGACCCGGGCCCUCCAGGACGCCCUGGCAUUUCCAUCGGAGAUGAAGAUUUGAAGAGGGGCCUGCCCGGCGAGAUGGGACCCAAAGGCUUUGCAGGAGACCCAGGCAUCCCUGCACGCUACCCAGGCCCACCAGGAGCAGACGGAAAGCCAGGGCCCCCAGGACUUCCUGGACCUGCUGGAGAACCUGGACCUGAUGGGUUCCUGUUUGGCCUCAAAGGAGCAGAAGGAAGAGCAGGCUUCCCUGGGCCCUCCGGCUUCCCUGGGGCCCGAGGACAGAAGGGAUGGAAAGGUGACACUGGGGACUGCAGAUGUGAAGAAGGGGACACAUUCGUCCCGGGCCUUCCCGGACUGCCCGGACCCAAGGGCUUCCCCGGUGUCAAUGGGGAGCCUGGAAGGAAAGGAGAGCCAGGAGACCCUGGCCCACACGGCAUCCCCGGGUUCCCGGGAUUCAAGGGGACCCCUGGCAAUGUCGGUGCUCCUGGGCCCAAAGGAGCAAAGGGAGGUUCCAGAACAAUCACAACCAAAGGUGAGCGGGGACAGCCAGGCAUCCCAGGUGUGCCGGGGAUGAAAGGUGACGAUGGCCUUCAGGGGCGCGAUGGGCUGGAUGGAUUUCCUGGCCUCCCAGGUCCUCCUGGUGAUGGCAUCAAAGGCCCUCCAGGGGACCAGGGCUAUCCAGGAGCACCCGGGACCAAGGGCCUUCCAGGAGAUGUGGGGCCUCCGGGACUGGGCUUACCGGGCCCCAAAGGCGAACGCGGCUUCCCUGGAGACGCCGGAUUACCAGGGCCACCAGGCUUCCUGGGACCUCCUGGGCCCCCCGGCACCCCAGGACAAAUAGAUUGUGACACUGGUGUGAAAAGGCCCAUUGGACAGGAUGGACAAGAGACCAUCCAGCCAGGUUGCAUUGGAGGGCCCAAGGGACUGCCAGGCCUGCCAGGACCCUCAGGCCCCACAGGUGCCAAAGGCCUCAGAGGGAUACCAGGAUUCCCAGGAGCUGAUGGAGCACCCGGGCUCAAGGGCUUCCCAGGAGAUCCAGGUCGUGAAGGGUUCCCAGGACCCCCGGGGUUCGUGGGAACCCGAGGGUCCAAAGGCGCAGUGGGCCUUCCCGGCCCAGAUGGAUCCCCAGGUCCCAUUGGUCUGCCGGGGCCUGCCGGGCCCCCGGGGGAUAGAGGCCUUCCUGGGGAAGUCCUGGGAGCCCAGCCUGGGUCUCGAGGAGACGCAGGACUGCCCGGACAUGCUGGGCUGAAAGGCCUCCCUGGAGACAGAGGGCAUCCAGGAUUCCGAGGGAGCCAGGGGAUGCCAGGAAUGCCAGGACUGAAGGGCCAGCUGGGCUUCCCUGGACCUUCUGGCCAGCCAGGACUGCCUGGGCCUCCAGGACAACAUGGAUUCCCUGGACUUUCUGGCCAAGAGGGGCCCUUGGGGCUGCCAGGUGCCCCAGGCCUCGGAGGUCUCCCUGGGGACCGAGGAGAGCCCGGGGACACAGGCGUCCCUGGCCCCGUGGGCAUGAAAGGAGUCUCUGGUGACAGAGGAGAGGCCGGGCUGCCUGGCGAGCGGGGCCAUCCGGGAAGCCCAGGAUUCAAGGGGAUGGUCGGGAUGCCUGGCACCCCUGGGCUGAAAGGAGACAGAGGCUCCCCUGGGAUGGAUGGUUUCCAAGGCAUGCCUGGACUCAAAGGAAGAUCUGGGUUUCCAGGAAGCAAAGGGGAGCCUGGAUUUUUUGGAGUUCCCGGUCUGAAGGGUCUGGCUGGCGAGCCAGGUAUUAAAGGCAGCCGAGGGGACCCCGGCCCCCAAGGACCACCUCCCAUCAUCUUGCCAGGAAUGAAAGACAUAAAAGGGGAGAAAGGAGAUGAAGGGCCCAUGGGGCUGAAAGGCUACCUGGGUGUGAAAGGUCUCCAAGGAAUGCCGGGGAUCCCUGGGCUGUCAGGAAUCCCGGGACUACCCGGGAGGCCCGGCUACAUCAAAGGAGCCAAAGGUGAUAUCGGAGUCCCUGGCGUGCCCGGUCUGCCAGGAUUGCCUGGGCUGAGUGGCCCCCCUGGAAUUAUAGGGUUCCCAGGGUUCACAGGAAGCCGGGGUGAGAAGGGUGCUCUGGGGAGAGCAGGCCUUUACGGCGAAGUCGGUGCCACUGGUGAUUUCGGUGAUAUUGGGGACACUGUGGACUUACCGGGGCGGCCAGGCCUGAAGGGGGAACGCGGCAGUGCUGGAACAUCAGGUCCAAAGGGAUUCUUUGGAGAGAAGGGGACAGAGGGUGACAUCGGCUUUCCUGGGAUAACAGGCAUGCCUGGAGUUCAAGGCCCUCCGGGACAGAAAGGACAGACAGGCUUCCCAGGGCUGACAGGGCUGCAGGGGCCGCAAGGAGAGCCCGGCCAGAUCGGACUGCCUGGCAGCAAGGGUGACGAUGGCUGGUCCGGGGCACCCGGCCUACCAGGUUUCCCCGGAGGCCGAGGGAUUGGCGGGUUACACGGCUUGCCAGGCACCAAGGGCUCUCCAGGAUCCCCAGGUGCUGACAUCUAUGGAGACCCUGGUUUCCCAGGCUCUGCUGGGGACAGAGGUGACCCAGGAGAGCCCAACACCCUCCCAGGCCCUGUGGGAGCCCCAGGACAGAAAGGGGAACAAGGAGCUCCAGGGGAGCGAGGCCCAGCUGGGAGUCCAGGACUUCAGGGGUUCCCCGGCAUCACACUCCCUUCCAACAUCUCUGGGCCACCAGGAGACAAAGGGGUGCCAGGCAUAUUCGGCCCGGAAGGGUACCAAGGCCGUCCAGGGCCACCUGGGCCUGCUGCACUUCCUGGAACCAAAGGAGACGUGGGAAACCCCGGAGCUCCCGGAGUCCCAGGGACCAAAGGAUGGGUCGGGGACCCGGGGCCCCAGGGCAGGCCUGGUGUGUUCGGCCUCCCAGGAGAGAAAGGGCCCAGGGGUGAGCAGGGACUCAUGGGCAGCACUGGAGCCACCGGGGCUGUGGGUGACAGAGGCCCCAAGGGACCCAAAGGAGACCAAGGCUACCCUGGUGCACCUGGCUCUGCAGGAUCCCCAGGGAUUGUAGGAGUCCCCCCAAGGAUCACAGUGCAGCCUGGGACAGUGGGUCCCCAGGGGAGGAGAGGUCUUCCAGGGGCACAGGGCGAGAUGGGGCCCCAGGGUCCCCCUGGAGACCCAGGUCUCCGUGGGGCCCCAGGGAAGGCCGGGUCCCAGGGAAGAGGCGGUGUGUCUGCUGUUCCAGGCUUCCGCGGAGACCAAGGACCCGUGGGGCACCAGGGGCCAACUGGCCAAGAAGGUGCACCGGGCCGCCCAGGGAGCCCAGGCCUGCCGGGGAUGCCGGGCCGCAGCGUCAGCAUUGGCUACCUCCUGGUGAAGCAUAGCCAGACGGAGCAGGAGCCCAUGUGCCCCGUGGGUAUGAACAAACUGUGGAGCGGCUACAGCCUGCUGUACUUUGAAGGCCAAGAGAAGGCCCACAACCAGGACUUGGGGCUGGCGGGCUCCUGCCUGGCACGCUUCAGCACCAUGCCCUUCCUGUACUGCAACCCCGGUGACGUCUGCUACUACGCCAGCCGCAACGACAAGUCCUACUGGCUGUCCACCACCGCCCCACUGCCCAUGAUGCCCGUGGCUGAGGACGACAUCAAGCCUUACAUCAGCCGCUGCUCUGUGUGCGAGGCCCCGGCUGUUGCCAUCGCCGUCCACAGUCAGGAUGUGUCCAUCCCCCACUGUCCAGCCGGGUGGCGUAGUUUGUGGAUAGGAUAUUCCUUCCUCAUGCACACCGCAGCAGGGGACGAGGGUGGUGGCCAGUCACUGGUGUCACCAGGCAGCUGUCUGGAGGACUUCCGCGCCACACCGUUCAUCGAGUGCAAUGGGGGCCGCGGAACCUGCCACUACUAUGCUAACAAGUACAGCUUCUGGCUGACCACCAUCCCCGAGCAGAGCUUCCAGGGCUCGCCCUCAGCAGACACACUCAAGGCCGGCCUCAUCCGGACGCACAUCAGCCGCUGCCAAGUGUGCAUGAAGAACCUGUGAGGCCCAAGCCAGGAGGCCACGUGGUGCUUACUCUUAACCUGAUACCUCAGAUACUAACCCAAACAUCGAUGGUAUUUUUUUCUAAAAAAAAAGGCUACCAAAUCCAGCACUGGCACUCAUGUCACUGGCCCCUUUGUCACUGGCCACUCUCCGGGUCAGCUGCAGGGUGAGGCACAGCCUUGGUGGGACACUCAGCCCUUCCAGCUAGACAGCUGUCCCAGCCCGAGUAUGUCCUGUGAGCCCACGCUGAGCAGUGCCACUGGGUGACCCUCACUGCUUCCCAUGCACCUGUGUAGUCCCCAUGCUUGAUUCCCGAGGCAACGCAGAUACAAAUGCGAGGCCGGCCUCAGCCAAGAGCACGGGGGCUGCUGGACCAGUCACUCGCCCGCCAAGGAGGUUCCCUGGGACAGCCUGGCUGUUUUUUAAGCCAGCAUUUUGCCAGCGCCGUUUCUCCCAGAGAUAGCUGAUGUGCGUUCUCCUAACCUCAACAAGACAAGAAACACUGACAGCCACACGCCAGCCGUUCCUCCUGCCACACGUGGCUGCUGGGCUUGGCAGAGCUCACGUGGUAGCAGAGCCCUCCUCACCGUGCCUUGUCAACCCACCACCUGCAGGUGAACUCCAUAGAGCCCACAGUGAUGCUCCCUUUGCCCCGAGUGUCCUGGAGAGCUCACCCUCUGUUCUCUGGUUGAGCUGUGCUCCUCUGACUGCCCUAUCCUAUGUAACAGCCACAAAAUAAAAGUUUUUUUGAAUAUUUUUAAA